AUGUAUUCAGAGAACUGGACCCAGGUAACAGAAUUUUUGCUGAUGGGUUUCCCUGGUAACUGGGGACUUCAGCUCCUACUAUUCUUUGGCCUUUUGAUAACAUAUGUGGUUACAGUCAUGGGGAACUUGAUCAUUAUUGUGCUUAGUUGGUCUGACCACCGCCUGCAAACCCAGAUGUAUUUCUUUCUGAGAAAUCUGUCACUACUGGAGCUGGUGUUAGUCUCUGUUGUUGUCCCUAAGAUUCUGAUAAGCAUUCUUACUGGAGACUAUACUAUCUCCUUUACUGGCUGCAUCAUGCAAUCCUACUUCUAUUUCCUCCUGGGCACUACUGACUUCUUCCUCUUGGCUGUCAUGUCCCUAGACCGCUAUCUGGCUAUCUGUCAUCCAUUACACUAUGAGACCUUAAUGAAUCGUCCCAUCUGUGUCCGACUAGUAAUAACUUCCUGGAUUGCCGGUUUCCUCUGGGUGCUUUGUCCUACCAUCCUCAUGGCAAGAUUGCCUUUCUGUGGCCCCAAUGUCAUUGAUCACUUCUUCUGUGAUAGCUGGCCUCUUAUGAGGCUCUCUUGUGGGAGUACCCAACUUCUGGAGUUAGUGGCCUUUAUUCUCUCCACAGCAGUUCUUCUGAGCUCCCUGGCAUUGACUUCUGUAUCCUAUACCUGCAUACUUGCUACUGUCCUCAGAACUCCAACAGCCACAGAACGAAAGAAAGCCUUUUCUACCUGUGCUUCUCAUCUCACCAUGGUUGUCAUUGUGUAUGGCAGCUCCAUCUUUGUGUAUAUCCGCACAUCAGAGACUCAGUCUAGGCUCCUUAACAAAGGGGUCUCAGCCCUAGGAUGCAUCGUUACUCCACUUCUCAAUCCAUUCAUCUUUAGUCUCCGUAAUGAUAAGGUGAAACAGGCCCUAGGAGAUGCCUUAAGAUGGCACAGGAACAUAACUACCAGAAGAAUUUAA